CGCCGAGGCCCCCCCCGCGCGCGCGCCCCCGGCCGUGUGGAAGGCGGCCGCCCGCGCGCUGCCCGCCCGGGAUGCGGCCCCGGCGGCCGGGCCGGGCAUGAGGGACGGCGGGGGGGCCGCGCCCAGCACCGGCACCCGACGGCACCCGGGCACCGGCGGGGCUCCUCCUCGCUCUCUGCUAUGGACAGUGCCAUCACCCUGUGGCAGUUCCUCCUCCAGCUGCUCCAAGAGCCCCAGAACAAGAACAUCAUCUGCUGGACCUCCAACGACGGGGAAUUCAAGCUGCUGCAGGCAGAGGAGGUGGCCAGGCUCUGGGGGAUCCGCAAGAACAAGCCCAGCAUGAACUAUGAUAAACUCAGCCGCGCGCUGCGCUACUACUACGUGAAGAAUAUCAUUAAGAAGGUGAACGGGAAGAAGUUUGUGUACAAAUUCGUGUCGUACCCAGAGAUCCUGAACAUGGAUCCCCUCGUGGUGGGCCGGAUCGAGGGGGACCCCGAAAUGCCCGGCUUUGGGGAGGUCACCAGCACCCCCAAGGACGUGGAAAACUGUGGCAAGGAGAAAUCCCAGUCCUGUGCUAAGUCCUCCAGCCGUAAUGACUACAUCCACUCAGGCCUGUACUCCUCCUUCACCCUCAACUCCCUCAACUCCUCCAGCGUGAAGCUCUUCAGGUCCAUCAAGAUCGAGAACCCUGCCGAGAAGCUGACGGAGAAGAAACCUCAGGACCCCACCCCUUCUGUCAUCAAGUUUGUCACCAUGCCCUCCAAAAAGCCUCCCUCUGCCCCCCUGGUCUCCACCACUUCAGCAGUGGCUGUCACCUCCACGGCUUCUGCCACCCCCAGCGUGACCUCCUCGCUCCCCCUGGGCUCUGAGGAGACUCUGCAGACCCUGGAGACGCUGGUCCUGCCCAAGCUGAGCGUCCCUGAAGCCCCUCCAGCCCCUUUGCCAAACCUGAGCACCAGCUUCACCCCGACCCCGCCCAUGUCCUCGGUUUCCCCCAGCCUGCAGGUGCCCUCCACGCCGCCCUCGCCGCCCCUGAGCUCCAACCCCGACCUGGACAUUGACACGGACAUCGAAUCUGUGGCUUCCCAGCAGCUGGAGCAGGCCCAGAGCCUCCAGCAGCAGUCCCCAGAGCCCAAAGAGCAGCAGGAUUCAGCUGGGCUGGAGAAGGAGUUUGCCAAUCACCUCUCCAGAUCGAAAAAACCCAAAGGGCUGGAGCUGGCUCCCACUCUGGUCAUCACAGGCAGUGAUCCCAGUCCUCUGGGCAUCCUGAGUCCUUCUCUGCCAACUGCUUCUCUUACUCCAGCACUUUUCUCUCAGACGCCCAUCCUGCUGACCCCCAGCCCCCUGCUGUCCAGCAUCCACUUCUGGAGCACGCUGAGCCCCGUGGCCCCGCUCAGCCCUGCCCGCCUGCAAGGUGCUAACACCCUCUUCCAGUUUCCAUCCGUGCUGAACAGUCAUGGCCCAUUUACACUCUCUGGACUGGAUGGACCCUCCACCCCUGGCCCCUUUUCCCCGGAUCUGCAGAAGACAUAGCACAUGGAAUUCCUGCAGAAGGACACAGUGGGCAAGGCAAACAUGGGACACUUCCCUUCUGCCACCUUUUUGUAAAACAAGCAGUUUGUAAUUCCACAGAGAUUCUCAACAGUUGGAGUUGUUGCCAUUCCCGAAUCAAAAAAAAAAAAAAAAAAAGCCUUUUUUUGUGCAAAAAUUCCCCCUUUUUUUGGAAGAACCCAGGUUGGGAAUGUAUAUGCAAACGCCUUAAUAGGAGCUGCAGCUCCAGUCUCUUCUCCUCCUCAAUUUGGAAGAUUUUUCCCCAUUCCAAAAGGAAUUUUGGGUGGUGUUGCAGCAACUGAGUCUGCACUGACUGCAGCAAACAGCACCAGAGGAGGCUUUUCUCUGUGACUCUUGAAAAACAAACAAACAGAACCCUCUGUUCUUCUGCUUCCCGUGCUCAGCAAGGAGAACCCUGAAUCCUGAUGGAAGCUGGCAUUCCAGGAGAAGCUUGGGAAUGGGGUGUGUGCUGCCAGCUGUGCCCUGGGGCACCACGACUUGAGCAGCAACAAAAGCACCGGGGCUUUUCUGCUGCCCUUGUCUCCAUUUUUUUCUUUUUGUUAUGUUUUUUGCAGGGAGAAAUUUUUUUUUUUCAAGGAUUUAUUCCAAGUUUAUGUCCAGGACAAUUCUGUGGAGCCCCUGGGAGAAGAGGUGGGGCUGGAUUUGGGAUGUUUCCCUGCCCUCCUUCCCUUCCCAGGAAUGGUUGGGAUGAGCUCCUUCCACUUCUCACAGAGUUUGAAUGCUGGAGUCCAAACAUUUCUUGUGCCACAGCCUGGGAGCUCCCUGCUGGCUCAGCAGGAUGGGAGGAUUUUCCCUGCAGUUUUGGGGGAUUUUCCCUGCAGUUCUGGGGGGUUUUCCUGCAGUUUUGGGGGAUUUCCCCUGGGUUUUUGGGGGAUUUUCCCUGGGUUUCUAUCAGGGAAGUUGCUGCCUGACCUGCAGUUCCAGAGCCCAGCAGGGUGAGUGAGAACAGCAGCAUCCCAGAAUUAGUGUUGCUGUUCUUUCCCCACAGCUCUGGAAAAGCUUCCUGCUUUUCCCCACGUGGAAAAGCUCCUCUUUUGCCAGCUCUGAUCCCAGGUUCUGCAGUGGAGCUGUUGAUUUUGGGGUUUUUUUGGAGGGAGCACUGACCCAAACCAGGUUGAGGGGAUUCCAUGGGGUUUAAGCUCGUGGUAAAUCUGCUUUCACCUCCUUGGUGUCCUGGAUUCAUGAUGCAGGAUUGUUUCCCAGAGCCGUUGGAGGCGAGAUGGAAUUUCUAGGUGGAUUUUUACACCUCAGGAGGCCUUUUAAGAAAACUGAGGGGUGAAACAAUGAGAGCUGCUCCUCUCUCAGCCCCUCAGCCUGGGAGUGUUGGGCUGUGGCUCUGUGUCCUUCCAGUCUGGGGCAUCUGAUGUCAGGCAGCAACUUCUGGCUUUGAGUUGGGGGUGUCAGAGGAUCUUCCCCACCAAAUAUUCCCAGAAAACAGCUGGAGACAUCUCUUCCCUUCAUCAUCCUCCGAGCUGCCACGAGCAGAGGAAGAUUUUCCCCUCUCCAGCACGAGGAGCUGACAGAGCUUGCUGUAAAUACUGCACCUAUUCCGUGGAAAAGUGGUGAACUCAAACUUUUCCAGAGGUUUUUUUUUGUUUUUCCUUCUGCCACUUUUGCAGGCUUGGAAUUCCCUUUAAAGCCACAACACCCAGGACUUUUCUUUUCCUGCAGUGAUGUUCCCUUUCUAUGUCCUGACAUUGAGAUACAGAAAAACCACUUUUGUGUGUUCCUGACGUGACACCUGGGACAGGUGGGUGGAACAGAGUCGCUUUUUUUGGGCAUUGUUCACCUGCCCAGGGGAAAAGUGGGAGAAAAAAAUAUUCCUUUUUCAGGUGGAGAAGCAGGGAGUGAGCUCAUGGAGUGACCUGUCUUCCUGUUGGCUCCUGUCAGAGGCAAAAAAUGCUUCACAUUUAGACAUCAGCAGAUGCAGGAGGAAAUUCCUGCACCAGCAGCUCUUAAAAUGUGCAAUAUUGACCUUUUUUUUAAUUUUAUUUUUGUUUUUGAAAUGCAGAAGCGAAGCUGCAGGUGAUCAUGAAGAGCAGGCAUCUGGAAUUUUUGUUUUUGGUUUGCAUGUUUGGAGCCUGCUCUGGGAAAUUUCUAGAGUUUGUAUAAAUAGCAGCACUUUGGUUGGUUCAGGUUGGCCAAUUUUAUGCCUACCAAAUACUUGGACUUUGACAUUUGCAGGCUGGGAUUUGAAUUGAAAAUUCAUGAAUGAGCACUAAAAACUUGCAAUUUAAUUGCUUCCCUUCCCCCUUGUUCCCCUGUGGAGAAAAGCCAAGUUUAGCUGUUGAAAAUUUGUGCACUUAAUUCUUUGUGAGCUUUUAUGGCUUUGGGCAGAGGGUCAAGCCCAAAAAAAUGUUCUUUGUGGGCUCCUGCUCCUCUCCAAGAAGCUUCCCAAAAUUGCUGUGCCACAGAGAUCCAGCUUUUCCUGUGGAAACGCAGCCUGGAUGGGAAGGUUUCCACCAGGAAAAAAAAGAGUGUGGACAGGAUGAGAAGCUCAGGAGGCAGCUGGGGAAGGGAGAGGAGGUGGCAGAGGAGCAGCCCGUGCUGCCUUUUCUCCGCUGCAGUUUUCAGGUCACUGAAGGGAAUAUUUCCUUGUUGAUGUGCUGCCUCUUGAGGCCCGUGGACUGACAGGGAGCUGCCAGCUCCUCCUGGGUCCCAUUCCUGACUGAGCUCCCUGGGGGCUCAGCUCUGUCACCUGCUGGUUCUUUAGGUCACUUCAGGAGCACUUUUGUGCAGCUCCUCACAAUUUGUUGUUAAUUUAGCCUAAGGCAGGUGGGGUUAGAGUAGAUUCUGGUUUAGUUCUGUACCGUGGUGAUUUAAAAAAAAAAAAAAAACAACAAAAAAAAAAUUAAAAUGCAGCAUUACAGAAGCUUUUUUUUUUUUUUUCUUAGGUUCCUGUUGCUGGAGUAGCUUUGGUUUUGUGGAAUGCUUGGUAAUUUUUGCAUCAGUUUGUUCCUGGCUGGCUUGGGUUGUGUGGGAGGUCAAAGCAUUUUGGUAGAAGACAGACAAGAACCCAGCUCCUGGAGGUGGGAAUAAACCCCUGCUGUUGGUCACACCUUCCAUGAAACCCAAACAUUCAAAUUCCCUAGGACUUAGGGAAUCCUGGAAGCUGAACUCGUGUCUUGCUUCUGGAAAUCUCUUUUUUUUUUGUUUAUUUUUCCAUGGGGAGCUGCUGCUGCUGCCUGGCUCUCUUUGGGAUCCUGGAUUUUCAGUUCCUGGCAGGAGCAGCUCCUGGAAGCAGAAAAAUGGCCCAUGGUCAUGGAGCCCUGGGUGUUCUGUCUGUCCUGGGGAGGUGAUCCUGGUAAAAGGGUGAUGGAGGAAUUUUGGGGUUGUUUUAGCAGCAGCUUUAGGUUUAGAGCUUUGUUUCAGAGCCGUCCUCAGCAGGGGAUGCAGUUCCUGUGCUCAGCUUCUGGCACAUUCAAGCUCUGGUUUGCAAUAGGAAGGGAUAGAAUCCCUGGGGUUGGACAAUUCCUUGUUUUCACGUGGAGCAUCCCCAGGUUUUGUGUCCUGGAAUCCUUGGGGUGAUGGGGUGCUGUGUGAGAACAGAAGGGCUUUGCUUGGGGUCAUUUCCCCCCGAUGCAUUUUCAGACCUCAGCUAUCUCCCAGAUGGAACAUUUUGGGUUUUUGGUGUUGAUUCAGAGGGCAGUGAAGCUGCUGAGGUGCAGAUCUCCCUUGUCCAGCUUCCCCCAGGCCGGGAGCUCCAUCCCUGGGGGCUGCAGCUGGGGUGGGUGGGAGUGAAGGGCCCUGCUCCCCUCCUGGAGCUUCUCCUCCAGCUGAGACCAGCUCUGCCCCUCUGGUGGGUUCAUUCCUUUAUUCACCUCGUUCUGCUCCUGUUUUCUGGCAGUUUUGAUGUGCUCUGCAGUUGAACCUCUCCAUUUUUAAGGCAGAUUUGUUUCCAGUCCAUCUCAGUGUCAGCUCUGAGAUGGACAUCCCUCAGCAGUGGGUCAGGGAACGUUGUUAAAAUCCACAGGAACUUAAAAACUUCUGAGUUUUGGGUGCCUGUUUUGGUUUGUUUCCUUCCUCAGCUCUGUGAGGAAUAGAAUCUGGAUCUGGAAGAGUAGAAAUGGG